GCCAACUCCGCCCGGCUGAGUCACGGCCUGAGCUGCGGAGAAGGCGGGGAAAGUCGGCCCUAAUCCAGUUCGCAGCCAUCGGCCACAGGGAGAGCAGUCAGAGUUGUCAGAGAUCAUGGGGGAGAGCGCGCUGGAGUCGGGGCCUGUGCCCGGGGCGCCGGGUGGGGGCCCAGUGCACGCCGUCACCGUGGUGACCUUGCUGGAGAAGCUGGCCACCAUGCUGGAGGCGCUGCGAGAGCGGCAGGGGGGGCUGGGUGGGGCGCAGGGGGGGGGCGGGGGGGGGGGGGGGGGCUGGGCAUGUGGCAUCCAGAGUGGCCUGGGUGCACUGAGUCGCAGCCACGACACCACCAGCAAUACACUGGCACAGCUGCUGGCCAAGGCGGAGCGCGUGGGCUCUCACGCCGACGCAGCCCAGGAGCGGGCGCUGCGCCGCGCUGCUCAGGUACAGCGGCUGGGGGCCAACCACGGGCUGCUGGUGGCGCGCGGGAAGCUGCACGUCCUGCUCUUCAAGGAGGAGACUGAAAUCCCAGCCCGCGCCUUCCAGAAAGCAUCAGAACUCUUGGGCCCCGAUGACCAAUCGGUGCUGGGCCCAGAGCAGCCAGAGGAUCAAAUAGGAGAGAGUUCCGAUGAGGAGCCAGUGGAGUCCCGGGCCCAGCGGCUGCGACGCACUGGCUUGCAGAAGGUACAAAGCCUAAGAAGGGCUUUUUCCAGUCGUAAAGGCCCUGAAGCAGCACAGUCCAUACCAGUCAAGCCGCCACGCCUAGGGCCUGUCCGGAGCUCUGAAGGCCCAUCAGAUGUCCAGUCUGCAGCUCAGCCAGAUGCCCUGGAGUCCUCCCUAGAGUCUGCUCUGGAGCUAGAACCUCCUCAGGCUACCAAUGAAGAUCCUGGGAGGCCUGCUCUUCAAAUAGAGAGUGCAGCCUGAUCACAGGAGCUGCCUGACCUACUUGGUGCUUAUGCCUUGUCCUAAAAUAAAUCCUUAAAGCGUGCAGCACUUACACCCAAAUAAGGAGAAAAUCCUGCAUCCACUGCUCAGUUCCCAUCCUCCCUUCCUGGCCUUCCCGUCUGGUACCCUAUGUCCUCCGAAAGAGAAGCCUUCAGCCUAAUUUAGGCUCACCAGCAAUAAAAAUAAUUUCAUUCAA